AUGGCCACCGGACCUACCUGUCAUUUUCACACCUACAAAAAAUUAUACACUAACUUAUAUCACGAAUUAUUUCAAGAUAUUAAUUUUCCUAUUGGAUAUCAAAUGAUGAUUUCAUCGAAACACCAAUCAGAUAUGAUUAAAGACCCACAGAAUGUUCCUGAAAUACUAUGCGUGCAUAGUUCGAAUUUGUUAAGUGUAAAACAACUAAUCUAUAAAACAAGCGGAUAUUUUCGUAAUGCCUUUCCUGAUCACUCACCAAUAUUAACCUAUGAAGAAGGUGAUGGUACAGUGAAUAUGGCUUCCUUAAGUGUUUGCAAAAAUUGGACAAAUAGUAAACAUAUUGUUAUACCUGGUGUAUUACACGAUGAAAUGGUACUUGAUAAAUACUUUAUAAAGCUUGUAGUCGAUACAGUCGGUGCAAAGAUUAAUUAUACUUCGAGGAAGAAAAAUUAUUCAGGAUGA